CACUUGAUUAACGCAGUGUCAGACCACAAACGUUGUACCAUUCAAAACGGAGUGCUGUGAAAGAUUUCAAUUCGCCGGUUUGUAAUGGGAAUAUAUCCUCGACUUUGAGCCUGUUACUUAAACGUAGUUUAGCCAAUGUUUAACAAAACUGCGUGCUAAGCCAUUUUCAUUUUGUCGAACGCUUUUGUGUAAACACCGUUUAUCGUGAACAAUUUCAUGAAAGCAUGUGGCGUAAACAAGAAAACCAUUUAUCUUCUCAAAAUAAUAACUUUAAGGAAGAGAUCUGGAGGUCCCAAGAUUUCCUAAACCGCGGUCUAAGAUCGACGUUGUUAAAAUAACCGACUCUUUGUGUCUAAAUGAUUUCAGAGAAGCAGCCAUGAGAGGGAAGGAUUCAAACUCCAGAGACAGAGAGAGGCAUCGACACGAUGAUACACGACGAGACAGAGACGAAAGACGACGCAGAGAAAGAAGUCCAGACCGAUCUACAAGACAUUUGAGAGAAUCCAGCGAGAGACAUGGAGAAAACUCUCACAGAUCUAGCAGAGAUAGAGAGGACGACAAAUGGAGAAGAAGACCAGAGAGAGACGAUGAUAAUAGAGGGAGAAUGAGAAAUGACAGUAGAACGUUUCUACGCCCCUCUGAUAUCGACAGCAGGUAAGUCUUAUUACUUGAAGAACAUGUACAUUAACUGACGAACCUUGCUUAGAACAAAUGUAUGCACAGAGCUCUGGAGCUAGAGGGCUAUCAGAUUUCAAUGAUUCUUAUUUUUUUGCCGGUGUUAAAGAAUUUUGGCAGAUAAACUUUCACUUAGCUAUGGUUUUGUGACUGUUAAGGAAAACGAAGAACUGACAGAAGGACUAAAUAUAAUUGAAAAAUUGGUAAACAUUCUUUAUGUUUGUGGCAUAUUAGAAAAGGAGAGUUUAUCUUAGAGAAAACAUCAGAAGUCAUUCCAACACGUCUUAUUGACGUUCUCCGUUGGUUAUCUCAGCACUUGAGUUAGAUUUGGCUCUAUUAUGUCGCACAGGUCUGUUACAUUUGUACAGGCCUCCUACGAUAUCAGAACCUCAUAAAUCGGAUGAACCUUAAGGCUUGAUUCAGAUUCGACAGGGUUACCUUUGCACAGGUAUCCUACUCUUAAUCUGAAACUGUCAUUUUCCAUUGUGUUUGUAGCUCUUCGUUUGCUGGUAAGUUCAGACGCCCAGCUUCGUCAACGUCUACCGUGACGUCAUCAACAUGGGACUUUGAGCCGAAAGAAGUGCCCCGGAGCAGAGAGGACAGAUCAGUUUCCAGGCCGUCUGGCGGAUGGAGAAAGAAGGUCGAGACUAGAACGGUGGAAAGCUCCUCGGCUCGUGAGGCGGAGAGUACAAAAAAGAACAGAAGACCGAGGAUGGAAGUGAAGAGUCUGGGACCGACAGCAGCUCGAGUUCUGACGAGGAAGAAGAAGAGAAAAAGAAGAAGGAAGUGGUCAUCCCUGCGAAGAAAAUCACCGAAGCAGAUUUAAACGAGAUUGGAGCCAAAAUUGUAAAGGCGGAAAUCAUGGGAAACGAUGUACGUAUUGCUCACUUUCAAAUCCUUUUUCCUGACAUACAACUUAAUAGUCAGUUAAGAUGUAGCAGUAGUAUUUGUAGAUCACUUGAGCAUUGGGACGAACAUCGUGCGAAUUUAGCUGAUUAGAUAAUUUGCGAGUCCCAAAACCCUCACUUUGAAAAUGGGACCAACUUUUGAAGUGAAAAUGAGUUUUACUUUUAUGAGAAUAAAAAAAGUCAUCAUGUCGAAUAUUUCGCACGUAGUCUCGUUUUGAAAGAGGCUCGAGUCAACCUGGAAAUGGGCUCCCGAGAAUAAAUCCAGCAAGAUGUUAGGGCGGGGCUUCAACUAGUAACCUCCGGAUAGGAAGUCCAUCGCUGCCUCGUUCGUCUCGUCAAGUAGGGCAAUACUCAAUGUGUUUCUUCUUGUCAAAGGAGUUAGCAGUCAAACUUAAAGCCCAGUUGGAGGAAAUGAGAAAGACUAAAGAACUUCAGGAAUCCCAAGCCUUGGACAGUGGAGAUAGCGGACGCAGUGAAGAGAUAGUGGUGCUAACACGAACAGACGCUGCCGGUAACAUCAGACCACUAGAAAUGACAACCGAACGAGAGCACCGAGGGAAACGGAAGAAGCGACAGAAGGUAAGUAUCUGAGCGGGAGAAAAAACGAACUUUGAGGUUGCAUUCCGGAAAAAGUAAAAUGAGUUUGAACCAAAUGUCGGUGAAUAGCACCUUAUUACCCGUAUCAUCCUCGCGGUCGUGUUGUCGCUACAACCUUAAGCAUGCGCACAGCCGAUUACUACACAUGUAGUAGCUUAGGUUCACCGCGGUUAAGCGUCCGAGGCGUUUUUUUUUUCUUAUUAUUAUUAUUUUAUUUAGGGGGAUUUUAUUCACUAUUAAGUGGAAACAUUCACCUGGAUGUAUGAAAGAAUUGGUUUAUACGACUAUCUUUGCAUUUUCCUCGAAAUAAUAAGCUUCUUUCUUGCUAAAAACGCAUCGUGAACGAGUCAAGAUUCUGUUGACAAAUGGCGCUGGCAGCAACACCAGUUCCAGUUUUGAAACACUUAGAACUUUUUACUAAACAAACGUUGAUGGUAAGCAUCCGGUAGGACGCAGUUUUUGUAGAAUAUCCUGUUCCUUUGAUUUCUGUGGCUGUUCUUGUGGCUGUUGUUUAACGAUGCAUACUUCUUUAAGUCUUCGUUGUGCUUUACAAAAGAAUAUGUUUUAUCUUUCGGGCCACAUAAAGGCCCAAGCAUUUUCCAUGUAGGAACUAUUGUUUUUUGAACUGGGACUCAGUGGUUCUGGAGUGGGACUCAUAAUUUGUUCGCAAGAUGAGUCCCAGGACUCACCUUAACUAUUUGUAAUAAAAUCAUUGACCAAAUUGAGUGAACCAUCGAUAUAACAGCUCAGAAGGUUAAACGAAGGUAAAAAUGACACAGCAAAAAAUAAAGGAAACACGGAUGUACAAAUGUGAAGAAGAUUGAAACGGAUUGCACUUGUGGUUUUUGAAAACGUGUUAGCCUAACAGUUUUUCAAAGUUUAGUUUUGUUGUUUGUAACGUUUGAUUUUUAUGCUUAGCUCGGGUAACAUAUUUGCUUGACUCGAAGCAGUAAUUUUGCCAUUCAAAAGUAAUUUCUCAAGUUUCAUAGCGAAUAAGGAGGCGUAACUGGCAUCCACAAACAAAAUGAACAAGAAAGCCGUGACAAAGCCCUUUUAAUUUGAUGUUAUCUGCUGCAGGUGGAUACGCACGAUAAAGAAGGCAAGAGAGAGCGGUAUUUUGCAGAUGAUGACAGAUAUGAUUUAAAAGAAAUGGUCAGACGAGAAAAAAUGCGAACGGCUGAAGAUCACAAUGCUAUGAUGGCGAGACUAUCUUCAAAGGUAAGCAAACUCACACUAACCGUAACAAUACAUUACAAUCGAAGUUCUCCUUGCGGCCAGCUCUAGUUACGAUCACCUUUGUAGAACCCCGUUUGAACUGUGACUUAUACUUUGUAAUAAAAAGCUCUCAUAAGAGACCGCUCCCGUAAGCCACCGCGACCACUUUUGGGAUUACCCAACUGGACUUCUCCUUUGUUUUUUAACUCUCAUAAGCGACCACUCCCGUAAGCGACCGCGACCACUUUUGGGAUUACCCAAGUGGACUUCUUCUUUUGUUUUUAAACUCUCAUAAGCGACCAGUCCCGUAAGCGACCGCGACCACUUUUGGGAUUACCCAAGUGGACUUCUCCUUUGUUUUUAAACUCUCAUAAGCGACCACUCCCGUAAGCGACCGCGACCACUUUUGGGAUUACUCAACUGGACUUCUCCUUUGUUUUUAAAUUCUCAUAAGAGACCACUCCCGUAAGCGACCGCGACCACUUUUGGGAUUACCCAACUGGACUUCUCCUUUGUUUUUAAAUUCUCAUAAGCGACCACUCCCGUAAGCGACCGUGACCACUUUUGGGAUUACUCAACUGGACUUCUCCUUUGUUUUUAAAUUCUCAUAAGCGACCACUCCCGUAAGCAACCGCGACCACUUUUGGGAUUACCCAACUGGACUUCUCCUUUGUUUUUAAAUUCUCAUAAGCGACCACUCGCGUAAGCGACCGCGACCACUUUUGGGAUUACUCAACUGGACUUCUCCUUUGCUUUUAAAUUCUCAUAAGCGACCACUCCCGUAAGCGACCGCGACCACUUUUGGGAUUACCCAAUUGGACUUCUCCUUUGUUUUUAAACUCUCAUAAGCGACCACUCCCGUAAGCGACCGCUACCACUUUUAGGAUUACCCAACUGGACUUCUCCUUUGUUUUUGAACUCUCAUAAGCGACCACUCCCGUAAGCGACCUCGACCACUUUUGGGAUUACCCAAGUGGACUUCUCCUUUGUUUUUAAACUCUCAUAAGCGACCACUCCCGUAAGCGACCGCGACCACUUUUGGGAUUACCCAAGUGGACUUCUCGUUUGUUUUUAAACUCUCAUAAGCGACCGCGACCACUUUUGGGAUUACCCAAGUGGACUUCUCCUUUGUUUUUAAACUCUCAUAAGCGACCACUCCCGUAAGCAACCGCGACCACUUUUGGGAUUACCCAAGUGGACUUCUCCUUUGUUUUCAAACUCUUAUAAGCGACCACUCCCGUAAGCGACCGCGACCACUUUUGGGAUUACCCAAUUGGACUUCUCCUUUGUUUUUAAAUUCUCAUAAGCGACCACUCCCGUAAGCGACUGCGACCACUUUUGGGAUUACCCAAGUGGACUUCUUCUUUUGUUUUUAAACUCUCAUAAGCGACCAGUCCCGUAAGCGACCGCGACCACUUUUGGGAUUACCCAAGUGGACUUCUCCUUUGUUUUUAAACUCUCAUAAGCGACCACUCCCGUAAGCGACCGCGACCACUUUUGGGAUUACUCAACUGGACUUCUCCUUUGUUUUUAAAUUCUCAUAAGCGACCAUUCCCGUAAGCUACCGCGACCACUUUUGGGAUUACUCAACUGGACUUCUCCUUUGUUUUUAAAUUCUCAUAAGCGACCACUCCCGUAAGCGACCGUGACCACUUUUGGGAUUACUCAACUGGACUUCUCCUUUGUUUUUAAAUUCUCAUAAGCGACCACUCCCGUAAGCAACCGCGACCACUUUUGGGAUUACCCAAGUGGACUUCUCCUUUGUUUUUAAAUUCUCAUAAGCGACCACUCGCGUAAGCGACCGCGACCACCUUUGGGAUUACUCAACUGGACUUCUCCUUUGCUUUUAAAUUCUCAUAAGCGACCACUCCCGUAAGCGACCGCGACCACUUUUGGGAUUACCCAAUUGGACUUCUCCUUUGUUUUUAAACUCUCAUAAGCGACCACUCCCGUAAGCGACCGCUACCACUUUUGGGAUUACCCAACUGGACUUCUCCUUUGUUUUUAAACUCUCAUAAGCGACCACUCCCGUAAGCGACCUCGACCACUUUUGGGAUUACCCAAGUGGACUUCUCCUUUGUUUUUAAACUCUCAUAAGCGACCACUCCCGUAAGCGACCGCGACCACUUUUGGGAUUACCCAAGUGGACUUCUCGUUUGUUUUUAAACUCUCAUAAGCGACCGCGACCACUUUUGGGAUUACCCAAGUGGACUUCUCCUUUGUUUUUAAACUCUCAUAAGCGACCACUCCCGUAAGCAACCGCGACCACUUUUGGGAUUACCAAGUGGACUUCUCCUUUGUUUUUAAACUCUUAUAAGCGACCACUCCCGUAAGCGACCGCGACCACUUUUGGGAUUACCCAAUUGGACUUCUCCUUUGUUUUUAAAUUCUCAUAAGCGACCACUCCCGUAAGCGACCGUGACCACUUUUGGGAUUACUCAACUGGACUUCUCCUUUGUUUUUAAAUUCUCAUAAGCGACCACUCCCGUAAGCAACCGCGACCACUUUUGGGAUUACCCAAGUGGACUUCUCCUUUGUUUUUAAAUUCUCAUAAGCGACCACCCCCGUAAGCGACCGCGACCACUUUUGGGAUUACUCAACUGGACUUCUCCUUUGUUUUUAAAUUCUCACAAGCGACCACUCCCGUAAGCGACCGCGACCACUUUUGGGAUUACCCAACUGGACUUCUCCUUUGUUUUUAAAUUCUCGGAAGCGAUCUUCCUUUAUUGUUUUAUCGGGGCUCAAUGCUGUAAGAGACCAGCUCUCAAGUUACCGGCGACCACUUUUUCGAAUUUCCGAGGUGGUCGCUAACGAGAGCUUCGACUGUAUAUCGAUGUGUCUUUGUUACAUACAUACAUACACUGUUUAGUGCAGGUAGCCAUUACGACACCUGAACGAGGAUCAUGAGGUUAUCCCUAUAGCGGCGGUUGACGUCGUUUAAAUUUUGCUUAUGAGCAUACGAGUCAACCCAUAGAAGGCGUUGCCGUAUAUACAAAAUAAAUUCAAAAGUUUAAAGCGCUGAAUAGUGUAUGCAGUUUUUAACUCUCUUUAGUCAAUGUCCAAGGAAUUGGCCGUCAUCGAAUACUGUAAAAUGGUUGGUUGGUAAGAUUUCGACUUUUUAAAAAAGACUUUCUUGAAAUUAUUUUGUGUAUCCGCCUCAAAUUUCAGCAAUUCCUAACAUUGCUAUAGUCUGUCAGUAUUCAGAGACAUAAGUGUGUAAGCUUGAUCAGAGAAUGGUAUGAAUAUGUUUACUUUAGGCAAAAAAUGUAAAAUUAUUGUCGUUAAAAGUCUGCAAUUAUGAAGAAUAAACUGAAGAUGGCGUUUGUUCAUGGUUCUGUUGGUAGCUGACCAAGCAUUUGCCACUGUAUCCGUUCAUAAAUGUUUUGUUCUUGGAGAAAACAAUACUUGUCUGCUCAAGAACAAAGUGAACCUACAAUCAUGGACAAAAGUCCUUGGGACAGUAAUGCAAUAUUCAUAUUUUUUCUGUCAUUCCGGGUCCCUCGUAAAACAGUGCAUCCUUUUCGAAAUUUUCUUGCAGUUUUCCCUCCCCUACCCUAUACAAAGAAAAAAUUCUGGAUUGUGGGGUGAGGGAAAGGGACGUUGGGCCUGUGUGAAUUGGAAAACGCCUAGAAAUGCAAAAGUGUCCCAAAACUUUUGUCCAUGAUUGUAGUUCAUUUAAUUUUCAUCUGCUUCGAACUUCUCGUAAAUCACAUUUUAUCCUUGUCUUUUUCGUUUUCUUAUUAUCCACCAUAGGCCUCAAUGGGAGCAGGGUCAGAUGACUUCACGUUAGAUGAUCACUUUGUGUCCUCUGCUGCCAAUAAAAUUUCUCCCGCUCAAUUAGAAGAACGAGAAAGACAGAAAGCAAUCAGAGGUAUUAUUUUAUAAAUGUAAUUUUAAUUAUAUUCAUAUUUAAUUAUAUUUAAUUUAUAACUAUAUUUAAUUAUAUCGAUUUGAUAUUAAAAUAUCAAGUCGAUAUUCCCGUACUUUCUGAAGUCUUCACUGCUGCAUGACUGUGAACACCUAGGUGCUUCGACUUUGGAAAACAAUCCCAGUUCACGAAGGAAAGCGGUUUUCUUUUAUUGCGCGACAAUUUUCAGAUUUUUUGUCAUCAAGUUUCGUAACAAAAAGGAGUAAACUAAAGUCCCGUUAACACAAACAUAGUUUCUUUUAAAGUUUCCCUCGAUAAAACCUCCUCGUGUAAAGUGAAAAACAUGAAGAAGAAUUGAAGAAAAGAAGAAAACUGGUCAAGGAUAACUCGUUUGUGUGGAUAAAGUAUCUGAAAGGGUAGGAAAUGUGUCAUUUCGGUCAUUCUAAAAAGGCCUAAAAGGACCAGCGAAUGCAUUUUAUGGCUGUGAAAGAGUCCAGAAAACCUUCUGGUUUUGGAAUUUAUUCACAUUUAGAAGACAGUGAAUUUACAAAAAGGUAAAAGGAUGCAAAGUUCUAAACUAGGUAUGUGAAAGGAGUACCAUUUGUCAAAACAAGGUAUACGAAGGGGGUACCUUUUAUGUAAAAAAUGGUGUAUGAAAGGGUAAGUAGUUGGUGCUUGGGGCGGAGCAUUCCAACGUACCCCGGGCGGCGUACCCCCGCGCUACACGCCCGGCUUUUCGUUGUUAAACAUAAAUUUUUUUGUUACAAAAGAUUAAGAAAUUGCGUUUAUCAUAAGGAUGCUAGUUUAGGAUCAUUUUGUUUUGUUUGGUUUGUGAAAGACCGUGGUUCUGACCCAAGGGUAGCGGUUACCGCAUGGUCCCUUUAGCAAGGCCCGUAAUACCCACUCUGUUGUUGUGAAUGGAUAUGUGUGGCGCUUCAUAGAAAUUGUAAUUCAAGUUUUUGUUUUGAUUUUUUCUUUCCAGAGCAUAGGAUUUUGGCUGCGCAGCUGGCAAAAUGUCGCUUCUGCUUUGAAAACCCGGACAUCGCAAAACACCUUAUUAUUGCUAUCGGUCUUAAGGUAACUUGGAAAGUAGAUAUUUACUGACAAACUUACAGACUGGCUGAUAAGUUGAUCGAUUGUUUUAUUGAUUGAUUGACUGAUUACUCUGUAGAUGGAAUGACACAGACCAGGUUGACUGGGUCUGACUCACUUACUUAUCAGUCAAUCUGAGGCACGGUAGUAGAGAGAAAAUGCCUAGUCCCCUCGCCUACCCCCCAAAAAAGAAUCAUUUAUUCUAGUUUUUUACUGAUUUAGUGCAUGUGUAGUCAGGUAUUCAGGUAUUCAGGUGGGCGCAAACGUUUCACCGACACAGAGACAUGUCGCAUCCUCUCCAGUGAGAAGAUUUCAUACUUCACCUUGUGUGGGUCCACUUGAUAAGGCCCAUCUACCUGCAAAGAAAAAAUACAUAAGCCCCUCCAAAAUAUAGGCCAGGCUUUGAAAAGAGAAAGGAUUAGAACAAUUGGUUAUUGGGCAGCCUUCUGUGUGGGAGGUCCAGAGUUCGAUUCCCAGAUGUGACCUCGAAUUCUUCUUUCGACUUCUUUCCUUUCCGCGUAGCCGCGGAUUUUUAAGUAGCUUUAAAUAUCCGUAAAACGGAGCACUGAUGGAAAGGGGGGGGUAAAAUGAGCGCACCCUCGGCCUCAGGUUUGUUAGUCAGAUGACUAUUUUGAGCUACCGACGUAAAAUAAGGACUCUUUACAUUUUAGUAUUUUUUAGGCUUCUGUGUGCCACUUGGAGGAGGGGGGAGGGGGAGAGAAGCGAACCGAAAGCACAAUGUCCAGUGAAAGGCUAUGUAAAGUGUAGAGCCUGGUUAGGUGUAUUCCCUGUAUCAUUUCAAAGGCAAAUAGAGUAUUUGUUUUGGGAGUUAUAAAUGGGGAUUAGCUUGAGGGGCAUUAGGGAGAAGGGGGCUGACUCAUACGCUGUCGUUUUCACAACACGCGCGUCAAGGGAACGCGAGGUAGCAGAGCAAGGAGAAGGAGCGGUGUCAUUUCCAGCCCUGAUAGAUUUGACUUUAAUGAGCGCAGCCAUGCCAAACGCGUUAUGAUGACGUCCUUCAGAUGAGCUAAAGAUGAGGGUCGAUGCUCGUGUGGGGAAAACAUGGAAAAGGGUGUAUAAAAUAGCUACUAAAUGGAGUGAUCUUUGGCAUUUUCAAAGUAAUGAGGUUUUUCUUCUAAGUGUCUUCGCGCUUUAGUUAACAAUUAGUUCAUGCGGCAGCGUGCGUAUGUCGAGAUAUUGAGCACGCGGGAAGUUUGGAGAGCACGAAAGAGGCGUAAGAGUUGCACGAGGCGCAGCCGAGUGCAACUCUAGCCUUUUGAGUGCUCUCCAAACUUCCCAAGUGCUCAAUAUCUCGACAUACGCACAGCUGCAGCAUGAACUAAUUGUUUUAUAACAUUAUCAAAGCGAUCAAUGCAGCAGUUAACUGAAAAUUUUAAGCAGUACGCGUUAAUGAUUACGUGACUAUAUUUUUUUUCCUCACAGUUAAUCUUAUGUUUUUAUCCUGAAACUGAGAGAAAGUGUACUCUAAAAUGAUUGCAAAAUCCAUAUUUAGGUGCCGGAAAACUUUUAAUUUACCGAAAAAUUGUUAUUGAGAGAAAACAACUUUGCAAAGAAUGAUCUCACGCCAUAGCCCGCACAGCUCGCCGAGAUGACAACAACAACAACAACACUCACCUCUUUUCCUUACUAUCGGUUAACAAAUUCAAACCUUUCCUCUUAAAUUUCCUUAUAAAACACAUGGUAAACGCUUCAUUGUCUAUUGCUGAGUUAUGGAUGCACUCGGGAGACUCAGGAUUGCUAAGCUCCCAACAACUCGAGGAAUUACGAAUAGUUUAUUGACGUCAUCAGCGUGCUCAAUAGGAAUAUGAAGCACGCUCGCGCUAUUGAAUUUGAUUAGGCGAAUUUUCUAGCUAUGUUAUAAUUACAUUUUGUUUGCACUAAAUGGUGCUGGCAAUUCUACAGUUCUGUUUUCAAACGCGUAGAACUUUUUGAAGUAAGCUUUCACGACGAUUAGUAAUGAGCAACCGCAGCUUAAAAGCACUUUGCUUAGCUUUUGUUACAAGAGAAGAUACAGUGGGUACACACAUUUAUAUUCAACCGGAUAACCUACUUUGUUUUUCUAGGUUUAUUUGGCAGUCCCUCUUCACGAGUCAAUGACGGAAGGUCAUUGUUUAAUUAUACCGAUGCAGCACUGUUCAGCUUCUACUCUCCUGGAUGAAGACGUGUGCAGUGAAAUCCAGGUUUUUAUUAUAUUAUGGGAUCGUUACUGGGGGCGUGCCGUUCAGCUGUUGGCCAAUUUGUUUGCCCUGUCCCUAGUUACAGUCGUAGAAGUCUUUGUGAAGAUUAAUUCGCCCCAGUUUCUUUCUCGUUUCUAAAGUGGCCAAUGAAUGUUUGCCUAUGCGUUUUCGUUUACAUACCUUUACAUUCUUUUCAAAUCCAGAUUAUGUUUUUGAUUUGUUUUGUUUUGUUUGUUUUUGUUUUUAUGCUUUUUCGAAAUAAAGAAAGUAAGGGCUUGAAAACCUAUGUGGAACGGGAUAGAUACUCUGAGAUCUUGUACAAAAGAAUUGAAAAGACGCUCUACACGUGCUCUUUAAAGGUCUAGUCUAUAUCUCCUUUCUAGCGACAAGAUAAUUUGUCGCCCAAAAUUAAACUAAUCCUGUUAAAAUUUGUUUCGCCACAGAUUUACAAAAAAGGCCUAACCAAGAUGUUUGAAGAAAUGGUAAGAGUCGACAACUCUUAUUUAUUUCGUACAGCUAAAAUCUAUGAUUUCAACGCCUGGAAUUGCGCGCUAUCGUUAUUCGAACAAUCAAGUACCAGAGAAACUUUGAAUCCAGCCUAGUGGGAAGUAAAGCGUUUUAUCUUUCAAAUGUAUAGCUCGUUAUUUUUUUAAACCCUUGGGCUUGAGAAUGAUUUUUACUCAAGAGAAAAGGCGAAUGCAAAAAAAGGAAUCUAAGAUCUCCAAACGGGAGUCAAACCUAUGACCUGCUUUAUACCAGUCCAGAUACUCCACCACUGAGCUACAGGAGACGACAAACAGCCUGCACGCUUCUUGGAAUGGAAUAAUCGAUAGGUGAUACAGUCACUCCCGAUAACUCGAAUCUUCUAGGAAAGUCUAAAAACGUUCGAGUUAUCGGGAGUUUGACGCUAGAAACCGGAAAUAAGGAAUUAGGCAACAAAGCUUCAUUAAUAUACAGGGCUGGACACUGUACUUAAACUGGGCUGAUGACCAACAAAAAAUAACGAACAGAAGUGCCGUGUUGUUGUUUGAGUUGCUCUCCAAACGCCUCGGGUUUGGCCCUUCAUCAGUGGAGUUACAAGUACUUGUAACUCCACUGAUGAAGGGCCAGGGGCCCGUUUCUCGAAAGUCCCGGUAACUUUUCGGGCCCGAAAUCAAAUAUUCAAAUCGAAAUAAAAAGAAUAAGAGCGCGGCUCCUGGCAAGCAAACUACUCCAUUUUGUUUCUUUAACUGAUAGUUUUAUCAUGUUAGAUGCAAAACUAUUGAAACCUCGAUCUUUAAUGGCAACCGAGACAGCUUACCGGGCCCGUUAAUUAUCGGGACUUUCGAGAAACGGGCCCCAGGCACGAAACGUUUGGAGAGGAACGCAAAGCACAACACGGCACUUUUGUUCAUUAUUUUUUGUUGAACAUUCUCUUACUUUCUAAAGUGCCGCAGCUUAUGGAAAUUAUUUUCCGUUAUUUGUUUGCUCGAAGAAUAUACAGUUGUUUUGAAGUAUUAAAGUCAAUCUUUUGGACUGCACAGUACACACUUUUGUUCUUUUUCAAUCGACUUGUCGCGCGCUUAACAUAGUUCGAGUUAUCGAGGGUAAAAUUAUGUAAAACUCAUCUGAAGGGAAGCAAAAAGUACUUCGUGUUAGCGGGAGGUUGGAGUAAUCAAGGGUUCGAGUUGCGGAGAGUAAAAUUACAGUAAAUGUAUAAACUAAAUCCAGGGGAAAUCGAUUUGGGUUCCAGUUAGCGCGAGGUUCGAGUUAGCUAGGGUUCCAGUUAUCGGAACUUGACCGUAUGUUUUGCAGAGAUAUAAUGUGGCGGUGAGUUUCCAGCCUGGAAAAUACACGAGACUGAAUUUUGUUCGGUCAGUGAUACAGGUAACUCAGAAAAAAGAAAUCACUCUGUCUUGUUUUUAUAAUGACUUUUUCUUCUCCAACAGGAACAGGACGUGGUUUUCCUGGAAACUUGUAAACAUUUAAAGAAACAACAUCACAUGAUUAUAGAGUGUAUACCGAUGCCCAAAGAAAUCGGGGAAAUGUCUCCUAUUUACUUCAAGGUAGGUCUAAAAGGUGACACAGGGAAAACAAAGUGGAAUUCGUAUCAGUGGACGUUUUUUCUUAUUUACAGCAUAGUGAGCUUUUUUUGCAAAAUCCCACUUGAAGAAGAAAAUGUUCCUGAUUGCAAUCUUUGUUAACUGUUAAGGAGAUCAGCAAGUCGUUGAAUGUACCUAGAGAAAAAUUGCUCUAUUGUUAAGCUUUUAUAACACUUUCCUUACAUUCCUUACUAACAGAAAGCUAUCAUGGAAUCGGAAUCAGAAUGGGCGCAAAACAAGAAAUUAAUAGAUACUAGAAAGAAAGGACUUCGCGGGGCAGUGCCCAAGGGACUUCCUUACUUUAGCGUAGAGUUCGGCUUGGACGGGGGAUUUGCCCAUGUUAUUGAGGACGAAGAACUUUUCCCGCAUUACUUUGGCAAAGAAAUCUUAGGAGGGAUGCUAGAUCUUGAACCGCGCAGGUGGAGGAAACCAAGGCGAGAGAACUUUGAAGAACAUAAGAAAAAGGUCUUGCAGUUUGCCGAGUGGUGGGAACCAUUUGAUUGGACAAAGAGAAUUGAUAGGACAAAGUGUUAG